AUGGCGCAGGCGUGCGAGAAAUGUCGGAUCCUCAAAGUUAGAUGCGUCCGAAUUGAACCGGGAAAGCCAUGUACCAAAUGUAUUAAAGCAAAGACACAAUGCAUAGUCCCAGAGCCGAAACAACGAGUUCAGCAAAGACAAAGGAGGCCUCAAGCUCAAGAUUAUACGGGAGGAUGGCUAGACCAGGGGGUCCUUGAGGAGCUGAAUAUGGACUUUGUCCAGACGUUAGACCCAAAUACAGCUUCUUCUUCUUCUUCAGAAAUGAUAUUUGAAACGCCUGCAAGUGCCGAGAGCAGUUGGAUUACGGACCUAGGACUCAGCCUGGCUGUCCUCGAGCAUCUUCUUGAUGGCUUUCGCUCCCUCGCGCGCUAUUUCCCCUUUGUCAUCAUUCCGGCUGAUUGGACCGUCACGUACAUGGCCGAAGACCGGCCUUUCCUCUUGCUCUCAGCGGUGGCAUGUGUCGCGUCGAGAUUCAGUAACUUGCAGCAAGCCCUUGCUGAGGAAUUGAAAGGAACCCUAAGCCAUCGUGUCGUCAUAGCUGGGGAGAAAGGCUUGGACCUACUGCAAGGAUUACUUGUUCACCUGGCCUGGUUUCAUUUCUACCUGGACCCGCGAAGCCGGCAGACCUACCAAUAUUUGCAGCUAGCGAUCAGUAUGGUCGUUGAGCUUGAUCUAGAGCAGAAAAUUGCUGACCUGAUCGAGGGCUCAACUGCACCAGGCGACCUCUGCAGUCGUGAAGCAUGUCGUGCCUACCUUGGCUGUUAUUAUCUCUCCAGCCUUAUAGCAACAGCCACAUCAAAGCCAGAUAACUUUCACUACUCAGAGCUCUUACUGCGUUGCACAAGGAUGCUGCAACACGAGCAGGAGUCCCCGACCGAUGAACUCAUAUACCCGUUGAUCAAACUGCAACAGUUGGCACGGGAGACUUUCGAUGCGCAGGCAAGACCCCGGUCCAUGCUAACGAGCGGAUACCACGCUGUGAAGAUCAGAAUCUUUGAUAUGGGGCUGGUUUACAAAUACGGACAGAGAAAGCGACCCCCUAAAAGCCUUUCAGGCGACUCGAUGACAUCGGCAAGUUUCAAAGUGGUUCUCAACCUAACCAAAUGUCUUAUUGGUGCCAAAGAACUCUUCGACGUGUUUAUGGUAAUUCCCGAAGGAGAGCACGAUAAAUUGCCUCUUUCAAUAUGGUACCAGCUCAUAUUGGCCAUAAUGGUGCUGUACAGACUGUCCGUUGGACUGCCGGAGACUUCCGACUGGGACAGAGAAAUUGCACAUGAUGCUGUGAAUUUGCCCGAGUCUCUCGAUAAGCUGAUCGAUCGUCUACGGUCCGCUGAGUCUAAACGACGAGCUGAGAGCCAGCCCUCAAACGACAAGUGUCUUUUCACGAUUUUUCCUGACAUGCUUCGUCAGCAGCAAUUCCGCGCCCUCUACUCAAAGACAUCGAUGUCCUGCAAUGCGCAAUCUACGGAGGCAGGCCGCUGA